GAACCACCACAAGUAGCAAAGGGCAUAGAUGACCACCGAGCCCUCGGGAGAGGACGGAGCCGCCAUCAACCCCACACAUGGCUCUCCCGAGGCCUCCCCAUCCAACAGCGGGUUUACGGACAGCCCAGUAGGGAGGUCCCAAGGGCAGGCCCCCCUCCCUGCAGAUGUCCCGGCGGCGGAGGCGGCGGCGGCGGCGGCAGUGGCGGACAGCCCUGCGACAUCCGCUGAACAGGAUGCAGCCCAGGACUCCUUCAAGACACCUACCCCCCAGCCCGAGUCAACACCUGGGGACAGAGACCAGGAUGCAGCUGCUCCCAGUGCCGGGCAGGAGACAACGGAAGAGGUCACAGUUUUGUUGCCCGGGCGAGACUCAGGCACCCUGCAAAUGUCCGUGAGCCUCCAGGACCAGUCGUAUGACCGGCCGGUUCAAGAGGCAAGGGAAACACAGAGUCUGGGGGCUUUCCCAAGGCAAUCCCCGAAUGGGGACAAGACACCACAAGUGAAGAGUAUUUCCAAUGACGAGCUGGAAUCAGCUGCCCCCGGCCCCCAAGCUGAGGUGCAGCCCACCCAGGACGCAGAGCUUCCGCCCACCACGAAUGACGCUGAUAAGUCCCCUGUAGGUGCCCAGAGUCCCCCUCAGGCCACUAGCGCCGAGGCCAUCGAGGAGACAGCUGAGGGUCCAAAGGCCUUAGGCCCCGACACCGAAGCUUUGCCGUCAGACGAGCCCCAAGUGGUCACGUGGGAGGACGUGGAGGACGGCUCGAGAGAGCCGCAGACUCCAGCUUACUCUCUCUCCCCAGAAGGUAGCCUCCCCCUGGUGCCCGGCCCCGAGACGGCCCCGGGGCGGAGGCCCCUGGACCCCAACCUGUACAUGGCCGACGAGGAGAACAACUACAUGCGCUCCAUGACCAGCCUGCUGGGCGGGGGCGAGGGCUCCAUCAGCUCCCUGGCGGACAUCCUGGUGUGGUCCGAGACCAUGGGCAUGGGCACGGCCAUGGGCUUCCUGGCCUCCGACCACAGCACCGUGGCGGACGUGCUGCACAGCACGGGGCCCGUCCUGCGCUCUGUCUCCAGCAUCCUGGGCAGCGCCAGCUCGGCCUUCUCCUCCGGGCUGGCGUCAGGGACCGGCUCCGCCCUGCGCUCCGUCACCCAGGUGCUAGAGACCGUGGAGCGGAGGACCGCGGAGGGCAUCCGCUCGGCCGUGCGCUACCUGACCAGUCACCUCACCCCACGCCGGUCCCAUGCUGGCCCCAGCUGUGAUUAGACCCCCACACAGGGACCCCCGAAGGACAGACUCAGCAGCCUCCAGAGACCCCGGGGCGCUCAGGCCCUUGCACCCCUGCCCUGGAUGGCUCCCCCAGCCCGAGCAAUAAAUCACCAGCGAGCGUUUAUUUCCUAA